AUGUUUUCCCCUAACGAUUUAGCUUGCACACUAAAGGAAACGAUAUGGGUUAUUUUCAAAUUAGCUGAAAACGUGCAGUAUCGUAUUGAGUUAGUAGUGAAUUCUCUGUCUCUCAACAGAUAGAAGUAGCCUAAGUCCCGAUUGGAGAAGGGCUCUUCCACUGGAGCAGCCUGGAGUGAGUGACCAACCAUGGGCCGUCUGGARGAUGCUGCCAAGCGCAAGGUGGUGGAGCUGCGGCAGGCGGGCCUGAGCUUCCGCAAGAUCAAGGCGGUCCUGGAGCUGGAGAACAUCCGGGUGUCUGCCCAGGCCAUCUACCUGUACCUCAAGGAGUUCCAGAGGAAGAAGGUCCAGAGGGGUGGUGAAAGUGCUGCAGCCCCAGACCCACAGACCACACCUGGGGUUGGGGCAGGGAGGGGAGAUGGUGGAAGCCGGGAGGGCUGGAACGACCAGCAAAUACGGAAUCUACUGCGGGAGGCGUCACGCCACGCAGGCUAUGUUGCGGCAUCAGAGUUCGCCAAGCAGUGUCCUGGCUCCACUCCUCCUGAAGUCAGGGGUCAGGGGCCGUCUGGGACAGGAGGUGAAGGCGCCAGCAGAGGACAGAACAACAGGACAGAGAAACAGGAMGAAGGGAARAAGAAGGAGGAUGAGGACAUCCAGAUUGUCAGUGUCACAUCAUUGGCUCAGAACUCUCAACAGAGGGGUCUUCCACCCGCAGGAGCAGCGGCUGUGACUGUGACAGGGGCCUACAUGCGUAAGAGAGCCACGCCCUCGCCAGCUACUAACCCCAUACUGGCAGCACGCAAAAGGCUUCUGGAUAAGGCUUUGUCUCAUAGAGCAAAGGUAGGCACGUCUCAUAGRCGUGUGAUUCACUAAGACCAAAAAGGGUGU